ACAGUGGAGGUUGCGCCGCCCGUAGCCAGACGCCUCGGAGUCAGGGCUGUGGACCAGAGCCCGGGUCCAUCGUUUGCUGCCCAGGGCUGUCUGAGAGAAACACAGCCCAUGGCGCAAGUCCGAGAGCUAGAGGAGAACCUCUACGCGUCCCUGUCCGUGAGAUGGGUGCAAGGAUUCCCUAAGCAGAAUGUUCAUUUUGUCAACGACAGCACCAUUUGCUACUCUUGUGGGAAUUUUGUAGUAUUUAUUAAUAUUGAAACUAAGAAAAAGACUGUGCUUCAGUGUAUGAAUGGAAUCGUGGGCGUCGUGGCAACUAAUGUUCCUUAUGAAGUUGUAGCUUUUUCUGACCGGAAGCUAAAACCCCUCAUCUACAUAUACAACUUUCCUGGAUUAACCAGAAGGACCAAAUUAAAAGGCAAUGUUCUUCUGGACUACACUUUACUUUCGUUCAGUUACUGUGGCACCUACCUGGCUAGUUACUCUUCUCUCCCGGAAUUUGAGUUGGCCCUCUGGAACUGGGAAUCAAAUGUCAUUUUGUGCAAGAAGUCACAACUUGGAAUGGAUAUGAGCCAGAUGACUUUUAACCCCAUGAACUGGCGCCAGCUGUGUUUGUCAAAUCCAAGUUCAGUGACUGUGUGGACCAUUGAAAGAAGUAACCAGGAGCAUUAUUUCAAAGCAAGGUCGGUAAAACUACCUAUGGAAGACGGGACAUUUUUUAAUGAAAAAGACGUAAUUUUCCCCGACUCAUUGCCGAAAGAUCUUAUCUACGGACCUGUGCUUCCACUGUCAGCCAUUGCUGGGCUAGUGGGCAAAGAGGCAGAAACUUUCAGGCCCAAAGAUGAUCUAUAUCCUUUGCUUCACCCAACUGUGCACUGCUGGACUCCAACAAGUGACCUAUACGUUGGCUGUGAAGAGGGUCAUCUUUUAUUGAUUAAUGGAGAAAACCUGAAGGCAACUGUGCUUAAUAAGGUAGAAGGCCAAACACCACUAGAUGGAAGACAUUUUUUCAGUCCAGUCACCUUGGCAUAUCAGAAGGGAGGCGUGCUUGCUUCUGGAAUUGAUGGCUUCGUGUAUUCUUUUAUUAUUAAAGAUUCAUGUUACACAGUAGAGGAUUUUCUUCACCUUGAAGAGCCUGUGGAAUAUUUGAUGUUUUCUCCCAGUUACAAAAUAUUACUAAUCAAAACAGAAAAGGGAUCUGUUUAUAUUUAUACUUUUGGUGAGAAGCCAACCUUGGAUAACAUCCUAGAGGCUUGUGAUGGGAAAUUUCAGGCAAUUGACUUUAUUACACCUGGAAAUGAAUACUGCAUGACACUCACACAUUCAGGGGAAAUUUGUGUUUGGUGUCUAGAGGAUGGUGCUUGUGUCAGCAGGAUUUAUCUAAAUACCCUAGCUACGGUUAUGGCUUGCUCUCCCUCCUCCCUCUCUGCAGCAGUGGGGACUGUGGGUGGCUCUGUCCACUUCAUUGACAUCCGGGAUGCCACAUCCCCUCAGGCAGUUCACAAGGCCUUUCUCUCUGAGUCCUCCGUCCAGCACCUCCUUUAUGACCAACGAGGAAUGUACCUAUUAGUUGGAACGUCAAAAGGCUACCUCUUUGUUAUCAAUGCCAAUCCGUCAAGCUUAUUUCAGAUUCUUGGAUUCGUAGAGGUGGGCAAAGACAUUUUACAAAUAUCCACAGUGUCUCUUUUGGAAACAGACAUAGUGGAAGUGAUGGUGCUUUCCCCACUUCCAGAAACAGGAAGAAGCAGGCUGGAAAUAUUUACUCUGCCUAAAAUACUACCGCAAGUUUUUACAGCCUUCACUAAUGAAAGAGGGAAGAUGAGAGAGGAACUCAUUCAUAAGUUCCUCUACGAGAUAGAGCAUGCUUUGUCUUCUGCAGUGUUGGACUUUGAAAGUAACCGAAUAUAUGGCUUCUGUAAUGAAGUGUCAUACAUCUGCAUCUAUCUUCUUCCUGAAAAAGCACAUAACGGUAUUUGCGUUCUUAAGCCAUACCAAAAAAUACAAAGCAAACAUUAUGGACCUGGAGUGCUCUCUCUGUCUCCGCAUGGAUUGUGGCUCAUAUCAAGAGCUCAAUGUGGAAUUCUGUGUAUCCGAGACAUUCAUACUUUGGAAACAUUUGCCCGCUGUCGGAGUCAUUCUCACCAAGGGCAUGGAAUUCAAUCAGUGAGAAUUUCAAUGGAUGGACAAAGCAUUCUAGUGAAUGGGAGAGAGGACGGCACCCUCGUUUACUUAAGAUGGAGGCGGUUUGGAGGAAAUUUAGCCAGUGAAAUUUUUGAAUAUUGCCAGCAACUUUUAACUACUCUGAAAAACACCAUGGAGGAGGAGAAUAAUUAUUUAAGUAUAACACGAAGCGACUCCUUGGGUUUGGGAUCAGAAUCUGAACACACAACUAUGAGUUUAAACGUUGACUCAUCGCAAGAGGAGUUAGUCCAAGUUGAUAAUACAAAGGAAAUUCCCUGGAUACAACAAAAAAGCCAAGAGGCCAUCAAAAAGGAAGUUAAACUGUUUUCCAACAAAAGGAGAGACAUUAAAAGAGGAAUCAAAGCACUUGCUAAAACUGUUAUGAAUAUGAUGGAAGAAAACCAAACAGUAGAUAAUAUUGCAAAAUUAGAACAAUGGGAAUUUGGUCUGGAUCUUGAGGAACUGGAAAGGCUUCACAAUGAAAGUGAGGAAGAAAUAGAAAAGAUAAGAAAGGAUGCAGAGAUGCAUAACCUAGCCAAGAGAUAUUUGGCUGAACUUAUUAAAGAAGAAUGCUGGAAUUCAAUGGCUGUGAAAGGUCGAGCUCUUAAGUGCUUUCACAUCCCUUACGUGGUUGAGAACUUCCCAAUGAAACAACGCACAGAUGAAGAGUUGAAAGAAGUGAAGAGAGUUUUUCAGCAAAAGAAGAUUGAAACAGAGUGUUUAAAAAUACGGAAGGAAAUUGUAGAGGUUCAGUCAGCAAUUACCUUGUCUAAAAAGCAUCAUGAAGAGGAGGAUGAAGAAGAGGAAGAAGAUGUGGCAGAAAAAGAUACCAGUUUGCCCAAUUACCUGCUUGGCAGUCUGAGUACUGAUUUUGGGGUACAUACCUCGUUGUUGUCAAGCCAACUGGAACUUCAUUCCAGAGAAGAGAAAAUCGACCAAAUUAUAUUACUGAAAGAUAUCAUUUACAAGGUAAAAACUGUUUUCAAUAAUGAGUUUGAUGCUGCAUAUAAACAAAAAGAAUUUGAAAUUGCACGUGUGAAGGAAAAAAAUAUAAGAAUUCAAGAAAUUAUUUUAGAUCUGGAAUUAGAAGAAUCAGUCUGGCAACCAGAAUUUGAUGACCAUGAGAAGCCAGAGAGAACCCUUGUUGUGAAAAGCAGUGAGAUUACAGCUCAAAAAUAUGUUACUCCAUGGCAAAAAGUCAAAACAGAAGUGAGUGUGACCCAGGAAAUGGAGCAAUGGCUUCUAAAACGGAGCACUGAUGCCAGACACCGAGCCCUGAUGGACAUGAUGGGAGGAGUUCUGGAAGUCAAGAAGGAAGACAUUUUGAGAAUGGUGAUUUCUCAACCUGCUUUCAUGGCAAAACCUGAUGCUCUAUGGUCUGAAGAGGAAAAAAAGCAAUUCAAAGAUUAUGAGAAAAAAGUCAAGGAGUUAAAUGAAGAAAAAGAUAAGUAUAGAAAGUCAUUAGAAGCAGAAUUGAAGAAACUUCAAAACUCAAUCCAAGAGAGCACACAGAAUUUUGACGAACAUUUGAAAAGGCUUUUUAAAAGGAGAGUGAAGGCAGAGAUGGUUGUGAACCAGGAAGAAUUGAAAAUAAAUAACCUUGUUUUUUCUUUACUGUUGGAUGAAGAAAUAAACUCCAGAGAAGCAUUCCUAAACAACUACGUUGCAAGGAAGCAGGAUGAGAAGAACCAGACUUCAGAGGCCAUCCGGAAAUCUAGAGAAGACCUCGAUGUGUACAAGGAACAUUAUGACAACUUACUGGCAGAAGACAAAGUUCUGGAUCGCAGCUUUAAAAAGGAAUUUUCUGAAAUUCCCAGUCAUCAGGUGGAUAUGCUCUACAAACUUUUUAAACGCCGACCAAGGAUUCACAAACAGAAAAUGCAGUCAGAUACGACCAGUAUUGUGCCUUUUGGAGAGCGACCAGGAUCUGGGAAAUUGAAUAAAGAGGCCUAUGCCCAGUUAAUGAAAGCCAUGGAUGACUUGGACAAUAUUAAUAACAUGCCAGAAGGCUUGGACUCCUUGGUCUGGGAACAUUUCUGCAUGACCAGACGAGUGAAAGUGGAAAACGAACAGAAGGUAAAGCAGAAAGCAGCUGGCUUAAUGGAAAUGGUGGCUUUCCUCCGGAGGAGAGUUGAGGAAGACGAGCAGGUGCAACAGGACAUCGAAAAAGCGUUCCAUGAACUUGUUCUAUUACAGGAGGAGAAAGUAAAAUUCCAGUUGAAUUUGACAAUCCAAAUUCUCCUUAAACAAGGACAAGUAGAACUGGAGAAUUUCCAAUUACUGUUGGAGUAUUCCGAUGCAAUUCUCAUCAACAAGAACAUAAUUGAAGACUUGAAUUCUGUGAUUCGGACUCAAGGACAAAAGAAAAUUGCUAGCAUGAUGGAAAGUAAAGAUGUCCACAAAGGAAUAUUUCAGAUUGAGUGGGAUCAUAAGAAAAUGGAAAUGGAAAUGGAAGAUCUAAAUCAGAAGGCUUGGGAUAUUCAGAUGCUGUUUUUUUCAAGAGAACGUCAAAAAUAUCUAACUGAACCAAACUAUGAGACUAUGAUUGCCAUUCAGAUUGGAAUUAUGGAGCAAACCAUUGCUGUUUUAGAUAAGACCCACAAAAAAAAUGUGGAAAACUGCAAAAAACUACUAAAAAAACUGGGAAGGUUCAGCAAUCAAAAAGAUAUAGCAAAUUAUACCCUAAGCUGCAAUUUACGAGAAGAAUUGGUUGCUGUCUCUGAGAGAAAAGAUAUCUGUAAUGCAUUGGGGUCUACACUGACUUGUGAAAAGAUUGCCAAAGAACGAUAUGAAAACAUGAUGCAACAACAAAAGUUAAUAAAUAUUUCAAAAAAACAAGCUGAACAGAUUUCAAUACUGCAGGCUGAAGUUGAAAGAUUAAGGAUGAAAACAUUUCCUGCUCUUGUUCCAAUGUAA